UGUUUCCGAAAACGUCUGAAGGACGUCUGAGGCUGCUGCUCCAGGAGCGUUGGAGAUAUGUUGUAGAUGGAGAGGUCAUAGACGUGGCUGUGACACAGCGCUUGCACUCCUAGGCACACUUGUACUUGCUAUUUCCUGCAGCCGCUGUGGGAAGUUUUUAAACGACAGCAAGGCAUAGAAGACUACCAGUGCCGGCAACGAUUCCAGUCUGUGAAACGUUGAAAGUUGGACUUUCCCAUUAAGUCUCCGUUUCACCCUCGUCGUCUUUGCUAUUGUUCAGCCAGUGAAGAACAUCCCGAACAAUGAAGGUUGCUUUCGUUAUCCUGUUGAUCUUCGUCCUUUCAUGUACCGGAUAUGACGUCUGUCGCUUGAGAUACGAUCCAGGACCCUGCAAAAUGUACUUUCCCAGAUAUUAUUACGAUCUGGCUUCGAGAAGCUGCAGGCAGUUCAUUUACAGUGGUUGUUCAGGAAAGAGGAACAACUUCAGGACAUUGCAGGAAUGUUCGAAUGCCUGUAGAGGUGUCACCGCAAGGUCUCUUUCGGAUUCUGAACCUGUUCAACGUGAACACCGGAGCAUGAAGACACAGAGGCCUCGCCGUCCAGCUUGAGAACGUUGCGGAAGUAACCUGGAGCCAGGACGACAUACACUGAGGUGCCUGACGUCUCCUGCAUCGAUAAUGUAUUAAGAACAUAGCCCAGCUUGCUCUGACGUACAACGGUAAAGUAGUAGGACAUAAUAUCAAAUAAAACGUUUAAUCCAGCA